UACCAUAUAUAAAAAAAAAUGACGUCAAAGAGGCAAAGGAGGGAUUUUUCAUCCAAGGAGAUUGAGAUUUUCGAGAGUUUCUGGAAGAAAGGCAUGGUGAAUACCAGGAAAGAUUGCCAUGUGAUGAUAUCAAAAUGCAGCGAGGCAUUAAACAUAACAAGAGAAGCAGUAGUAAACUGGAUAGGAAACAGAAGCAAAAAAGAAAAGCCAUCCAAACCUUCUGCAAAAAAGGCCAAACCUGUACAUGGACCAACUGCAUACUCUCUUUUUCAGAAGCAGUUUAAACGAGGAGCAAUGGAUAAAACAGACUACUUUAGAUUUACAUCAACAGAGUGGAGCAAAACAUCAGAAGAGGCAAAGGAACAGUUUAAGGAAGAGGCAGAGAAAAUAAGGAAAGACCCACUGAAAGGAUUGUCCAGUGAAGAAGCAGGGAAAGUGUAUUUGAAGAAAUUGAUUGAAAAUUGCACAAUGUUAGAGCAGCUUGGAUUUGAAGUUGGGGGAAUGGCUUGCAAAGUAGAGGAUGGUAAUCCAGUCAUUUUUGGAAGCAAGAAUGCUGUGGCCUUUUUUUCAUCUGUAGGCCAACAGGAAUCAUUUUGCAAACAUGUCAUUGGAGUGGAAAAGCAAUGUGUUGAAGCAGAGAUCUCAAGAGAAACCUUGAGAAGAGAAGUUCGCCAAAUUUUUGCUUCCUGUUGGUACAAAGCUACUGGAAAGAUGGGAGCUCCCCAAUACAACGCAAUAAAAUCAGGAAAAAUUAGUCUGGACAUUUCUGGGCUGCCAGAUAAUAUUCCUUUUCUGGAACCGAGUAACUAUGGCCAAGCAAAAUUGAGGGACAUAGUGGGUUGCAAAGAGCAUAUCAGAUUUGUUGUUUGUACACCAGAGCCAGCUGCCACAAAUGUGAGGACAGAAUCUGAACAUCAGCUUCAGAUGGAUAGUACCACUGUUGAUGCUUCUGAAUCUAUAGACCUACAUGUACUAAGUGGACUUGCAUCUGGAACUUUGGAAGCUCAAGAAGUAGAGUCUAGAAAAGCUGAGAAAGUAGGAAUUGCAACAGAGGAGACUACAAAAGAUGAUGCUUGUGAAUCUAUAGACCUACAUGUACUAAGUGGACUUGUAUCUGGAACUUUGGAAGCUCAAGAAGUAGAGUCUGGAAAAGCUGAGGAAGUAGGAAUCGCAACAGAGAAGACUAGAAAAGCAAGGCGAAAACCUUCAACACAAAGGAAGAUGAAAAUGGAAAACAAAACAAGUGAUGAUGUAUAUGCAGCAGAGAAGUUGGUUAAAGUGCGCACAAGGAAACAGAGAAAGGAAUUCUUGGUCAAAUGGAAGGAUGGGACAAGUUCUUGGGAACCACAAAACAACAUACUAGAUGAGGGUCUUUUGAAAGCUUUUUACGGGAUAUGAAA